AUGCCUGUUCCCCACUACGGCGUCUGGGUUUGUAAGGCAGUCGACAUUUAUGCCGAACCACCUAACGUGCGCACGUCACACAUUUAUCUUCAAUUCAUCGACGACUCUUCGGGAACGCGAGAGGCUGCUAUUAACGUCGAGUCCAGCGGUCGAGAGUCUCGUCUGGUGUACAAGUUGUCAAAUGACUUGCCUUCUGCAGUCACCGACAAACUUAAGGACCUCAAGCCAGGCUUUUACCUACUUCAGGAUUUUGACACGGAUGGGAACCUAGAUAGGCAUCGCCAUCAUCACUUACACUAUAGACACCAGAGGCUGCGCCACCUCGAUCUACAGGGUCUCGACUAUCAGCGUACUGAGGGCGAGGUCUUGGAGUAUGAUAAGGAAGGGCCCAACAAUGACCUAAGAGAGAAGCUAGUUCCCCUCCUCGAGAAGGCCAAGAAAGAGAAAGAGACCACGACUGUCUAUAUAUUUGGCUCGUCUUACGGAUCGGGAAUCCAUAACAUUCAUAUGAACCAAGGCAGUCAUCCGAAGUAUGACAAUGGUAUCUACUCAGAUGGGGCCCUACUGUUCAAGUUCGGGGACGACGGGAAAGGAGUGUUUCUGGCCUUUGCUUCACAGAUGCUACCGACUGAUUAUGAUGGAUUAGCAGAGCCAGAUAGUGAAAGCUUGCUGCAGUCAAUUAUGGGCACAUGAGAAAUCAUAAUAUCCGGGAGUUGAUGGUAAAGGCAUGCAGUUAUCCUGCAACAGAUUGGCCUAUGCUGGCACAAAUUGUGACUUAACUUAUCCUUAGCUGUA